UGAGUGCGUGCCAGCGUCGGCUAGCAAGCUCCUACUUUCAUUGGCACCCGUGUGGACACAAUCCGUGUCUCGCGGGCGGUCAACCAGCCGAGGGGCGCGAUCGCGUGGGCGCUCUCCGGAUCCAUAUAAAGGGGCCAGUUGCAGCAGGUAGCAUAACACUCUUCUCGUGUCCACUUCGCUCUCUGCAAGAUGUGCCGUGUUGCAAUGUUGUUAGUGGUGUUGGCGGUGACAGCCGUCGUGGUGACAGAGGCGCAAAGGGAACCAGCAGCUUCAAAGUGUCAGGCUGCAACAGAACUAGCAAUACAGAUUCUGCAGGCAGUGAAGGGCGCUCACCCCGGGGUGGCCGUGGGACCCCACAAGAGGAACUCGGAGCUCAUUAACUCUCUUCUGGGUCUUCCCAAGUUCAUGAUCGACGCCGGCAGGAGGUGAUGAGAUGCCUCCUUUUUCACAAGUUUAACGGUUAUGAUUAGCUGCAGAAAUCUGAGCCCAAUUUCCCAUGAACCAGUUAUACCGUUUCUUAUACUGGGACUGUACUAAACAGAAGAGGAUGUGUUCUGUAAUUUGUGUUUCAUCGGUGUGCUAAUUCUGAGCACAACUGUAUGACUUUGUGAAGGUCUAACAAUAAAGAGCAAAU